GCAGGGCUCCUGGGCACAUGCAGCCGUUGCUCUGUGGAACGUAACACUCCUGCUAUUUUGUCACAUUGCUCAGCAGAAAUGAAAGUGAAAGAGAAGUAGCCUGAAGAAGGAAGAACGCAGCAGAGAGGGACCUGUCUGUAAUUAGCAGCAGGAACAGGAACUGGAAGCAAUUGGUGUGAAGCAAUCCUCUAUAGGGACCGGUCUGCUGCAGUCAGUGACCAUGGAAGAGCACAGCAGGCUCAGUGGAGGACAUUCAGCUGCUUAUGGAGCCAUGGGACAGCCAUAUCAGCCCAAUUACCUGAUGACCCCAGAUAUUGAACGGAAACCUCUCAUCCCUGGAUACAUGAACUAUCCCGAAGGAAAGAUGGCUUCAGCGGCCAUGAAUCCGGCGAUGAGUCCGCCAUAUUACCCUCCAGCUGCUGCCACUAGUCCGGCUAUGUGCACGGAUGGUCCAACAGCUCCACUCCCUGAAUGGACAGAUAUUCCAGGGUAUGAAGGGAUGGGCACUUUUGAAGGGGGUGGUAAAUUUCUACCUCCGCCAGACGUGGGACCGAUUCCUGGGGCUGUGCCGACGCCGACAAACGCCAACUGGACGGUCCCCUUCAUCUCCGAAGAUGUUGCCAGAGAAGCUCUGCUGACUUACGCCAACAGCAAAUGUUGUUAUCGCUCAACUGCAGCGCAAGAGAUGAACUUUCAGGAACUCCAACCGUUUAAUACAUACCGGUAUCGGCUGGAGACUUUCACAGAGUCCAGGGCGUGUGCAUGGGUGACUACGCCUUUUACCGGCCAGCCGGUGGAUUCCCCCGCCUAUGGACCAGCCCCUCAGCCCUGGGAAAUACCCGUCCAGGUUCCAUCCAUGUUCCAGGACAAGGAAAUGAAAAUUCCCGUUCCCCGCACGUCCUCCCUGAAGGCUUGCCCCCAGUGUUUGGGAACCUGCAAGACAGUGUGUACGAAAUGCCACGGAACGCGUCGGGUGAAUUGCUGGGUGUGUCAUGGGACUGGACGUCGUAUGGAUGAUAGAUGCCACCACUGCGGAGGAUGUGGAACAGAGAGGUGCACAACUUGUCACGGCAGCGGACAUGUGACGUGCGUGGGAUGUUCCGGGCGCGGACAAAUCCUGAACUACAUCGAGCUGACCGUCACGUGGAAAAAUAACAUCUAUGAGUUUGUAGCUGACCACAAUUCCGAGUUCCCUACUGAGCUGUUUACGAAAGUGAACGGGGAAAAAAUCUUCACCAAUGAGCAGUUGCUGUUGGCGCCGCUGAACAACUUCCCGUCUCCGGCAAUUAAUCAGGCUUCCCUGAACGGUUUGCAGCAACAUCACUCUCAGUUUGCCGCUUCAUCCCAGAUACUGAGACAGAGACACGGCACUGAGUGGCUGCCGCUCACCAAGGUGGUAUACAUUUGGAAAGACAAUCGAUACGACUACUUUGUCUAUGGGAAGGAGAACAAGGUUUAUACUGACAAUUACCCUCAGAAGUGCUGCUGUGCCGUCAUGUGACCUGGAAUUACUCCACGCGACUUUAACUAUCCAGCCUCAGUCACCUCACUAUGCAGAAGGAGGCACCAGCCUGCAAGCUGUUACACCCCAGUAUGAGGCAUCUUGUAACAUUAUGUGCAGUUGUGUAUAUAAUAUGGCCCUAGGACCAGCGCUGUUACAGUAACAUGUUAUCAGGCUACUCUCUGCAUAUGGGCUCAGAGCGGCGCCUGUACUACACCCUCAGAUAUGUAUAAACACAUUUUCUAAAAAGUGGAAUUUAAUAUAUAAAAUAUAUAUCCCCCAAUUUCUGCCUUUUUUGUUACCUAUUUAAAUGUACGAGCUCCAUCAUUUUUGAUCAACCAAAUAAAACUCUGUUUACCUACAA